AUGUGUGGUAUUUUUGGCUACGUAAACUUCUUGGUGGAUAAAACCAGAGGUGAAAUCAUCGACAAUCUUAUUGAGGGCCUCUCGAGAUUGGAGUACAGAGGCUAUGACUCGACUGGUAUAGCCGUUGAUGGCCAAGAGAAGGGAACUUCUUUGAUCAUCAAGACCCCAGGAAAGGUCAAGAUUUUGAAGGAAGAAAUCGAAAAGCAGAAUGUUGACAGAUCGCAGGUUUUUGACAACCAUGUUGGAAUUGCUCACACCAGAUGGGCCACUCAUGGCCAGCCCGAGUACUCGAAUUGUCACCCACAUCGUUCCGACCCCACUGGUGAGUUCAUGAUCGUACACAAUGGUAUUAUCACCAACUACAGGGAAUUGAAGACUUUGUUGCUCUCCAAAGGCUACCAAUUUGAGUCCGAAACAGACACCGAGUGCAUUGCCAAAUUGUUCAAGCACAUUCACGACACCAACGUCAAGGCAGGUUACGAAUUGGAUUUGAACGAGUUGACAAAGCAGGUCUUGUAUGAGUUGGAAGGCUCAUACGGCUUGUUGGUGAAGUCGUCCCAUUUCCCAGGCGAGGUUUGUGGAACCAGAAAGGGUUCCCCUUUGUUGGUGGGAGUUAAGACCGAGAGAAAGUUGAAGGUGGACUUUGUGGACGUAGAGUUUCCAGAGAACCAAGAUAACUUGACCAUCAACAACCCUGAGGGAAACUUGAGGACUUCGCAGUCCAGAGCUUUCUUCGCCGAGGACGGAAUUCCUUCCCCUGCUGAAUUCUUCUUCUCUUCCGACCCAGCGUCUGUUAUUCAGCACACCAAGAAGGUUUUGUUUUUGGAAGAUGACGAUAUCGCCCAUAUCUACGAUGGUGAAUUGCACAUCCACCGUGCCAAGAAAAUUUCUGCCAACGAACCUACCCAGAGACAGAUUCAGACGUUGGAAAUGGAGUUGAACGAAAUCAUGAAGGGCCCCUACAAGCACUUCAUGCAAAAAGAGAUCUUUGAGCAACCUGACUCGACCUUCAACACCAUGAGAGGAAGAAUUGAUUUCGAGGGCAACUCCAUCAACCUCGGAGGCUUGAAGGCUUGGUUGCCUACUAUUAGAAGAUGCAGAAGAAUCAUAAUGAUUGCUUGCGGUACGUCCUAUCACUCAUGCUUGGCCACCAGAUCAAUUUUCGAGGAAUUGACCGACAUCCCCGUGACUGUCGAAUUGGCUUCUGACUUCUUGGAUAGGAAGUCGCCUGUUUUCAGAGACGACACCUGUGUCUUUGUUUCACAGUCGGGUGAAACCGCAGAUUCGAUGAUGGCAUUGCAGUACUGUUUGGAAAGAGGUGCUUUGACUGUGGGUGUUGUCAAUUCCGUUGGAUCUUCCAUGUCCAGACAAACGCACUGUGGUGUUCACAUUAACGCGGGUCCAGAGAUUGGUGUGGCUUCUACUAAAGCUUACACUUCGCAAUACAUCGCCUUGGUGAUGAUUGCCCUUUCCUUGUCCAAUGACUCCAUCUCCAAGAGAGAUCGUCACAUUGAGAUUAUCGAAGGCUUGAAGAAAAUCCCUGAGCAGAUCAGAAAGGUUUUGCUCUUAGAAGACAAAAUCAAGCAACUCUGUGACGAGUUCUUGAACGAGCAAAAGUCCUUGUUGUUGUUGGGACGUGGCUACCAAUUCGCUACCGCUUUGGAGGGUGCUUUGAAGAUCAAGGAGAUCUCGUACAUGCAUUCCGAGGGUGUCUUGGCUGGUGAGUUGAAGCAUGGUGUCUUGGCCUUGGUUGACAAGGAGUUGCCAAUCAUCGCUUUUGCCACCAGGGACUCUUUGUUCCCCAAGGUCAUGUCAGCCAUUGAACAAGUCACCGCCAGAGAUGGAAGACCCAUUGUUAUCUGCAACGAGGGGGACGAUGUAAUGAAGGGAAAGGCCUAUGCGACUUUACACGUUCCAUUGACAGUCGACUGUUUGCAAGGAUUAUUGAAUGUCAUUCCUUUGCAAUUAAUGAGUUACUGGUUGGCCGUUAACAGAGGCAUUGAUGUGGACUUCCCUCGUAACUUGGCCAAGUCUGUUACUGUUGAAUAG